AUGAUGUUAAUCGUGAUUCCAUUUCCUUCUUUCACAACCAGGGAUUCCCAGAUCUCAGCGAUGGCUGUUGAGAACUGCUCUGUGAUGACGGACUUCAUACUCCUAGGACUUACUGGAAGAAAAGAUGUGCAGCAGGGGCUCUUUGUGUUCUUUCUGCUGGUUUAUGCCAUAACCAUGAUUGCCAACCUAGGGAUGAUCCUGCUGAUCAAACUGGACUCCAGGCUCCACACACCCAUGUAUUAUUUCCUGAGCAACCUGUCUUUCUGUGAUGUCUGCUACUCCUCCACUGUCUCUCCCAAGAUGCUGGCUGGCUUCCUAGCUGAGCAAAAGAAGAUUCCAUACAACUCGUGUGCAAUUCAGCUGUAUUUUUUCGGGGCCUUCGCAGAUGUGGAGUGUCUCAUGUUGGCUGUCAUGGCUUAUGACCGGUAUGCAGCCAUCUGUAAUCCACUUCUGUAUACAAUCGCCAUGUCCAGGAGAAUCUGCAUCCAGCUCGUGGCCCUUGCCUACAUCGUGGGAUUUGUGGAUUCGGCAAUCCACACCGGUUGCACGUUUCGAUUGGCAUUCUGCAAUUCCAAUAUCAUCAAUCACUUUUUCUGUGACAUCCCACCCUUGCUGUCCCUCUCGUCUUCCGAUACAUCUAUAAACGAGAUAGUGAUGUUCACUUUCAUUGGUUGUGUGGUGGGGUGCAGCGUCAUCACCGUCCUCCUCUCCUACACCUACAUCAUAAUGACCAUCCUCAGAAUGAACUCAGCGGAAGGGAGACGCAAAGCCUUUUCUACAUGUGCCUCCCACUUGACCGCAGUGGCCAUAUUUCACGGCACACUCCUGUUCAUGUAUUUCCGACCCAGCUCCAGUUACUCUAUGGACACGGACAAAAUGGCCUCUGUGUUCUACACGGUCGUCAUCCCAAUGUUAAACCCACUGAUCUACAGCUUACGGAAUAAGGAUGUGAAAGGUGCCCUGAAAAAAAUAAUCAGUACUUGA